GUUUGUGUUUUCUGCUCUUGUCUGUGAUGACCUAUAUAUAUAUUUAAUUUUUAUCUUUUCUUUCUCCCAGUUUUGAAUUUCUUUCCUUGGAGGUGUUUGCGCGUCGUGUGUGAUUUACAGAUCUCAUGAACUAGUUUAAGACGCCGCGUUUUACCUUCUUUACUUUUUUGUAACACAUUUUAAUUUCAGGUCGUAAACACGUUAUAGUUUCAUUUAAUUUUGUCAGUGUUCUGUUAACUCUGCUACAACAUGCCGAUAUCAAAAACGUUUGAUAAAAUGUUCUGCAAUGUGCUUGCUUUAGGAUUUUCUUUUAUGUUAGUAUUUACAGCAUUCCAAACAUGUGGAAUGAUACAGAAUAUUGUUAUAUCUAGUAUGAAAGAACAAUAUGAAGGCUACAAUGGCAAUGGUUAUAUUAGUUUAGCAGUUGUUUAUGCUGUGUUUGCUAUAUCAAAUUGGGUAGCCCCAUCUAUCAUUUUUACAAUUGGACCAAAAAUUUCCAUGAUACUUGGUGGAAUUUCUUACAGUUUAUUCAUUGCAAAUUUUUUCUUCCACGAAACAUGGUGUUUAUAUCUUGCUUCAGCAAUAAUAGGAUUUGGUGCCUCAUUAUUUUGGACUGGACAAGGUAACUUUCUAACAAUCAAUUCAGAUGCUGAAACUAUGUCUAGAAAUAGUGGUGUGUUUUGGGCUCUAUUACAAUGCAGUUUAUUAUUUGGAAACAUUUUUGUUUUCUUCACAUUCCAAGGUAAAUCAGUAAUUGAUGAGCAUACACGAUUCGUAGUAUUUGGAGUGCUUUUAGGGGUGUCUUUAGCUGGCCUUGUUUUAUUGUGUUUUUUGAGAAGUGGGAGAAGUCAGUCAGUUGAUGUAACAAGUAACCCAAGUGCAACACCUGAAGGUUCUGGACCUUUAGCAGAAUUUAAGAAAGCUGUGUUUCUCCUGAAAACCAAAAAGAUGUUUUGCCUUGCCAUUACUUUUCUCUAUACUGGUUUUGAGCUUUCCUUCUUUAGUGGAGUAUAUGGCACUGGUAUUGGAUUUACCAAGCAAUUUGGUAGUGAUGCUGCAAAAUAUGUUGGUAUUUCUGGAAUUUGCAUAGGAGCUGGUGAAAUUAUUGGUGGAGCUGUAUUUGGAAUUCUGGGAAAGAAAACAAACAAGUAUGGAAGAGAUCCAGUUAUCUUAUUAGGAUAUUUAUUUCACAUUAUAACUUUUUUCCUUAUAUAUAUCAAUCUCCCUGCAAAAUCUACUCUCCAUGAAACAUGGCAGCCUGCAUUUAUUAAUAGCAAUGUGGCUCUUGCGAUGCUUUGUGCAUUUGGCCUAGGUUUUGGAGAUGCAUGUUAUAAUACUCAGAUCUAUUCCAUUUUGGGUUCUGUGUAUGCAGAUGAUAGUGCCCCAGCUUUUGCUCUCUUUAAAUUCUUUCAGUCUGUUGCUGCUGCAGUUGCUUUCUUCUACUCAAGCGUGUUAGAAUUGCCUUAUCAGCUCUUUAUAUUAGUUGUCUUUGGAACCUUGGGAACGUGUACAUUUUGGUUCGUUGAAUGGGCUGAAUACAGAAAACUUGUCAAGCAGAAAGCAGAAGCAAAAUAUAAAGAGUGAAGGCGUCACCUUAUUUAGGUGUUCAAGUGCCUGCAAAUCAUUUAAAGCAUGGUGCUAUAACCUAUUUUAAUUUUAUACAUUUAUUUGUUUUUAAUUCUGAUUAGUAUUAUUCAGAUAUAUGCUGUGAUGGUAUAUUGUAUAUAAUGGGAUAAGAUAUUUACAUUGAUGUAAAUUUUACUUAUAUGAUCUGUAUAAUGUGAUUUUUUAUUGUUAUAUUUCAAUAUAUAUUAUGUAUAGGUACAACUUUUUAUAAAUUUAAGGAUGUAGAAAGAUUUUAAUUUUAAUUUUAAUUUUCUUUUUUCCCUCAACAUAUUUCAAACACUCAUAAUUGAAUAAGAAAAUGCAUUUGAUACUGAAAACUCUUUUAAAAUAUGGUAGUUUAUAAAUGUAUUGUUGUUGUUGCUCCAUGGAUUUUAUAAUUUCAUAAUGCUUUUAUAUUAAAAAACUGUCACAUAAAUUUAAAUUAAUGCUGAAAUCUGUCAUUAGAAUUAAUAUUGUAUUGAUUAUUAUAAAGUUACUUCUAUUUCCUUUCUAGAUUUGUGAAUUAAUUUCACAAAAUACCAUUUUUAUGGAAUGAUUAGUUGUAUGCAAAAAUGUUUAUUUAUGAAGUUAUUUGCACUCAUGUAUAAAUUAUUUAUUUGUCAUUCUAUUCAAAAUAUCUUUGUUAUAUUCUAUUUGUUUAUACUUAUUGUUUGACCAUGACUAUGAUACUGAAUGAAUGAAAAUGCUUUUGAUUUUGAAUUGUAUUGUAAUUUAAAAAAUGCUAUUUUGUAAAAUGUGGGAGUUAUUGAAUAAUAGUAAAAAAAUUUUAGUUAGGGUUUUAUAAUAAGAAUACACAAGGAGUGUUGUGAAUGAAAUAUAAUCUAUGUUUUAAUUAUUCAUGGGUAAAGCUCACUAAUUAUAUACGACAGCAUAUAAAAUACUCAACAGGUAUUCAUUUCAGCUUUUCCUGCUCUUAUCUUUAAGGUGACAUUGCACUGUGCUUUCUCAUUUUCUGGGUGUUUUUAUUCACAAUAAAUUAAAUUGUCAUUGUUAAAUAAUUAUAUUUUUCUUAUUUACAAUAAAUUAAAUUGUCAUUGUUAAAUAAUUAUAGUUUUCUUAUUCACAGUAAAUUAAAUUGUUAUUGUUAAAUAAUUAUAGUUUUUUAUUGACAAUAAAUAAUUAUUUGUUUUUUACCAAUGAUGGAUUUCUGUCUUAGCAUUUGUUUAAGACCACUGAUUAUUGAGUUGAAACUUUAGGCUUGUCAAUUCAAAAAAUAUUAUUAUCCGAAUUAAUUUGUAAAAAAUAUAAAUUCUGUGAAAUAUAAAAUAUUAUUAUAAUAUUAAAAUGUUGGAAAGAUUUCUAUAUGUUUUUUUGCAUUCGGUUUGUCAUUACAGUGUUAUCAAACACCUCAAGUAUCUGCAUAAAUAAUAUUGUAUACAAAUAUGAAUGCUAUACAAUUAAAAUUAAUCUUUAAUGUACUGGUAGAGUUAAAAAAUAUAUUGAAAUAUAAAGCUAAAUUGAUUGAACAUUUUUUAAGAGCUAAUUAUGCUGACUGCCUAGGAAUACCAAAUGCCUAAAUCAAUCAUUAAUUGUUAGUUUGUUUUUUUUUUCAUUAUUAUUUUUAUUAUUUGUUGCAUUAGAAACUAGUUAGCUCAUGCAGCUAACUAGUUUCUAAAAAAUUGGAAAAAUAAAGGAAAAGCUUUAGUUGAAUAAAGAAAUUGUUUGAGUAUUUUGCAAUACAAAAAUUUUUAAAAGACCAAUGCUAUUUUCAUUAGUGUGCAUUACUAGAAAGUUUUUAUCAAUGUUUAUUAUUAUUUAAUUAUUAAAUAAAAUUUAAUUAUUAAAUGAAAUUUAAUUCAUUGUUCAAUUGUUCUUUUUUUUUUUAUUUGUUCCUUAAAUGUUAAAAAAAAAGUUUUUUAUUUUAAUAAAUUAUUUAUGACAUAGUGCAAUAAAAAAAAGUAUUUUUUUUUUAUUUAUGACUAAAUGAUUUUAUGUUAACUUUUUUCCAUCUUGUUAUUAAAUAUUCUACUAAAUAAAUAUAUAUGAUGUUUAAAAUGUUAUUCUUUUGUUAAACUAUUGAUAUGUAAUUGCUCAUUUUUGUAAGUUCGUAUUGAAAAAUAAUUUAUUAAUAUGUUUAUUAGGCUUCUAGAAUCUUGUUUAUUUGGAUUGGAAUUUGAAAUCCUUUUAAAUAUCAAUUAUGAAAUAAAAAAUUUAUAUCAGAAUAAUUAUUAAUACUAUUUUCUCUAAAUAUAUGUUUGCUGUGGAACAUAAUGUCCAGAAUUUUAUCAUUUCUUAAAUUUCAAUCUUUUUUUACUUAGAUUGUUGAACAUUAAAUGCAAUUAAUGUUUUUUUAUAAUCAUGUUGGAAAUACUCCCAUCCUGCCUAUUCAUUGAGAGUUUUAUGAAUAAUAAUCAUUGCAAAAGUACAGAGGUGGGAACUAAGGUUGUGACCUAAUAGCCAUCACUGGCUGUGAUACAAUCCCCACCAUAUGAAGUAUGUUCCAUUAUGGAAGUGAAUUUUAUUCCAUUACAAAAUAUAUUUAAUUCACCUGAGAAGUAAGAAUCGACUACCAUACUGGAAUUAAGCUUCUCAUCCUCAUAUCUGAUUUUAAAAUAAUGCUUUACUUUCCUGUGGAUCCAGUUAUUUCUACAGCUAGUAAAAGCAUUUGCAAGCAUUUACUACUGAAAUGAUGCAUUCUAUUAUUACAGUGUAGUGGUUAAAAAUGAAUUUUAUUGAAUUCCAAGGAAGCCAGAACUUUUAUUAAUCCAGAUGAACAAGUCUCUUAUAUGCCUAAUUAAAUAUACUGAAGAACAAAUUUUAGAUCUUUCAUGACAGUUAUGAUCUGACUGUGAUGCAUAUUCAGUCCAGUUCCCACCUUUCCUAUUUUUUAUGUAUUUUCUUUGUAAUUAAUAUUAAUUUUGUAAUUUGUUACAAUUAAUGGAAAUUGGUGCCUUUUUACUUUUUCUUUUCUUUUUUUAUAUUAUGUAAUAUUAAAUUUUCAUAUAAAAAAACUUUUAUUAUGUGAUGUGAUUUGUUUAUAAGCAAAAUAGCUUUCUUAUUAUAGAUAUUCAUAAAAUAAGCUAAAUGAACUGAAUACUGAAAUCACUUUUACAUCCUGGAAAAGAGAAAAGGAUGGUGUUACAGAUCAGAGUACAACCCUGUGAAAUUAAAUGACAUCCACAGUUAUUUUUGUGGUAUAGCUAUGACAUCAAUGAAUUAACUUCCUUAAAUGACAUAUUUAAAAAUUUUAUCUUUGUCCAUAAAUCACUAGGUUCUUAUGAAAUAAAUUCAUAAGUUAUUCUUUUAUGAUGAAUUUUGUUUCUUAAUUAUGAAUAUAAAAUAUAUUGCAUUAGUUUUAUUUUUCGUUGAAAAAAUUAAGAUAUUUUUAAUAUUUAUCUUUGUUAAAAAUAAAUUUGUUUUGUUCUUAAUUAUGAUGUCUGAACUAUAAUUUCCAGUUUCUUUUUGGAAAAAAAAAUGUAUUUUUCAAUUUAAUUAUUUAUUUCAGUUGAUAUUUCCAAAUCUAAAAUAAUUUUGGAUUAUUAUAUUAUUUCAUAUUUUAUAAUAUGAUAAUAUAAACCUCAUAAUAUAUCAAUAAUGAGAGUUAUAUAUUAGUUCAUAUUUAAUUAAUUCUGUGAAAAUAAGUUUUUUUACCCCCCCCCCAAAUAUCGGUAAGAUGUGACACAAUUCAAAAUGCCAUAAUAUUUAGUUCCUUCAAAGACAGGAGUGAUUACUUGUAAUAUUUAUUUAGAAUAGAUCUAUGACUGAAAUUUAUAUUAGUAUGCUUUGUCAUAUUGCCAGUGAUAUUAUAUUAUUUAAGACGGUUAUUAGGAGACAAAAUCUCCUUGAUUGUUUGGAUUGCCAUAAUGGUAGCAUAUUCAAGAGAUUUUGAGAGUAGAUUUCAAUUUAGAUCAUUUAAUAUUUUCAGCUUGUAUAAAGUGUAUGAUAAGGAUGUAAAAUAUAAUUAUAAAGUUUUAGAUGGAUAAUUCAAUGCUGGUGCUUAUAUUUUUUUAUGUGUGUUUUUCUAGUUUCACUUAGUUCGUUUGUUUGUAUAUUGUGUUAGUGAUUGUUUUAUGCUUGGUAACUAUAAAUCAAAUGUAAAUUUUAAAAUGUUGUAUGAUUAAGAAUACUUAACUAAUUUUUAGAUUACUUAAUUUUUUAAUAGGAAAUAUAUUAUAAUUUAUGAAAACUCGCAGAUAAAUCUUCUCUAUAUUUCUAUAAUUGUUUCUAAAGAAGCUAUUAGCUGUUACAACAUCUACAUUUGGUCUAAAAGAACAGUUACACUUUUGGUUUAUUGUUAAGGAACGAAACUAAACAUGCAGUUUUCAAAAUUUAAGCUUAUACAAAAUUUAUUUAAAAAUUAUUAUUGCUUAAUUUUUCUGACCAUUUUAAAAGUUUAUUCAUGUAAAAGACAUUUAGAUUUUUUUAAUAAAUAACGAUAAUUUAACUAAGAAUUUUUUUUUCAGAAAUUGUUUUUGAUUUAAUAAUUCCAUAUCAUAAAAGGAAUAAAAUAUCUUUAAAAACUCAUUAUUUAAUUAUUUUUGUAAUGCUUUAAGAAAAAUUAAAUAGAAAGAAAGGUACUGCUCCUUUAUAAAUUAUGACUUUUGAUUGAUAUUUCUGAAUUUAUUUAGUAAUUAGCAGUUUUUUUUAAAUAUCUAUAUGUAUGUCUUUUUUUAUAAAUGAAUUUCAUAAAAUGUCAUCAUGAUUUUGUGAUAGAUAUUUAGAGCAAUUCUAACUUCAAACUAUUAAUAUUAUGAAUAUUUCUGAAAAUUAUUAUUAAGAAAUUAAUUCUUCAACUUUUAUUUAUUUCCUGACAUUUUUUUUUUAUUCUGUUAAUUUAAAAUUUUAUUGAAGUAUGCAAGAAUAUCAUGUUUGCCUUUUGUUUUUAUUAAAAAAUUAUAUAUAUUAUUCUGAUUUCACUGUUCUGUUCUUACAUUUUUCUUGCUUAAUGUAAUUUCUGAUUAAGUUUAUAAGAAUCGAAGGUAGAUUUUACAUAUAAUAAUGGGGCCUUGAAUUGAACUGUUUUAAUCUUUUGUAGAUUUAUUCUAUAUUUAAUAAUCUUUGAAUGCUUUUAUAAAAGCUAUGAUGGAAUUGCUAUGACUGUUGAAAAAAAUUCCAUUAAUAUGAUUAGCAUUGAAGGUGAAAAUUAUUUUAAACUAACAUACUCUUUCAUGAACCACCGAAUUUUCACAUACAAAAAUUCUUGAAGAAAUCAUUCUAUGUAUUAAUAGAAAUAUUAUUCACAUUUUAUUAAUGUAUAUACUUAUAUGUAUAAUAUUCAACUGAAAAAUAUUUAAUCCUUUACAAAUUAGUGUUUUUAUUUUAUAUUAGAAAGACUGAUAUUGGUCAUCAAUUUAUAUUUUAUUUAUACAAAUGAUAAAAGUACAAAUGAUAAAAUUUUAUAUUAAUUAAUAGUAUCAAAAAUUUAGUUUCUUAUUUGAUUGAAAUCAUAUUAAUAAUUGUAUUCCUAGAUAUUAAAAGUUUGUGCUAUUUUACCACAUUACAAUUACUUCAAGCAUUUCAUCAUAAUAUUUAUAAUGAGUUUAAAAUGGUUGAAUGAAUAAUUGAACAGAAUUUUUUUAAUAGCUACUGUUAAAAAAAAUUUUGUUCUUUUCCAGCAUAAAUUGAUUUGGGUUAUCUAUGUUAUAUCUGUUUGUUAAUACUCCUUUUGGUAUUUUUCAACUAGCUUGAUAGCAGUCAAAAUCUGCACCAAAUGCUGCAACUUUACAAGACAAGUUGACAAAAAUAUGCAUGGUCUGUGAUGUAAGAUUGUUAUAUUUUGUCAACACAUUUUGGUGACUGUCACACUAAUAGAAUAGUGAUAUUUUGUGCCAACAUUAUAAUUUCGAAAAAGCUAAUGGAAAAAUGUCGUUAUUUCUUGUUAUAUCAAGCUUGAUAAAAUUUAUGAAAUUUUAAUUGAAGGUUUGAUGAAAAAAAUUAUGCUUUUGAAUUUAUUUUUUUUUAUUUGAUAACUACAAACAGAUAAUUCAUUUAUUAUAACUUGUAUCUUAAAAAAUAAACGUUUUUAUGAAUA